CGGACAGACGGUGCACUGUCGGAUGCAGGGGGGGGGGGGAUGGACCGUCACGUGACCACGGAGGAGUCAUCCCGGCUGGCAGCUCGGUCCACGGCUAAGGUCACGUGACCCAGUCAGGGUCGUCGCGGGGUUCCAUGCCAGUGCUCCCCGUUGCUCAACAGACGGCGGCUCGGCGGCAUAUAUAGCGCGGAAGACGCCGGUCGUCACAGUGAAGUGAGUGUCCGCAGCACAGGUGGAGUCGUUCCCGCGGUCAACGUUUACAAGGAGCUAAAACUAUGGUUCGGACGGUUCAGACGCUGCUGGCCGCCGCGCUACUCUCGGCGUGCUCCUCCACUCCGGUCGUCCUGGCGCCGUACCCUCCUCGGUACGACGCGCCGUACCCGCCGCAGUACGACGUACACUCGCCGUACGCAUUCGAGUACGCCGUACGGGACCGGUACACGGGCGCGGCGUUCUCGCAGGCGGAGCAGAGCAGCGGCGCGGCUGUGCGCGGGUCGUACUCAGUGGCACUGCCCGACGGGCGCAUCCAGCACGUGACCUACGUGGCCGACCACAGCGGCGACGGCGGAUACAACGCGCACGUCACUUACGAGGGCGCCGCCCACCACCCGGCACCCCUGUACGGCUACCGGGCGCCCUACCAGCCCCAGCCGGCGCCCUACCAGCCUCAGCCGGCUCCCUACCAGCCCGAGCCAGAAAUCUACCAGCCUGAGCCGGAGGUCUACCAGCCUGAGCCGGAGGUCUACCAGCCUGAGCCGGAGGUCUACCAGACUGAGCCGGAGGUCUACCAGACUGAGCCGGAGGUCUACCAGACUGAGCCGGAGGUCUACCAGCCUGAGCCGGAGGUCUACCAGGCCGAGCCGGACUCCUACCAGCUUCCACUGGAACCUCACAAGCCCUAGUCAGAUAUGUGUCCAGUCUCCCUCAAGCACUUGUUAGAAAAGGCAGCUGACAUCAAUAUGCCGGGUGAUCGGGCCUUUUUCGGUAACGUUACAAAAAAGCAGGCUACUACCGAUUCGAGAUAAUCAUGAUAAAAAAAUAGAUACCGAGAGACUGUAUUUUGCAGUGCUGUGAACAAAUGUUCCAGUGCUCCUACUUCAAUAUCCCUUAUGCGGAACAGUGUUACAUAGGUUUGAUGUAAAUAAGCAAAAAGCCCGGUACAGUUCUCUAAGUUUUUGUUUUAUUAACUGCAGUAAGGGAUAAAUUUAAGACAAAUAUUGUUCAAUUCAGUAAGAAUUAUUUGGAAUUAGGAGAAAUAAUUUGACUAUAAAAAGUCGGUAUCUGGUGAAUCUGCUCAAAUAGUUCUUAUGAUGACUAAUGAGUUCAAAUGAUGUCCUUUAGCUGCUUGGGCGCCACUGUUGAAUUGGGUGUAUUUAUUGUGCUUUGUUAUUCGAUUACAGCUGUGUUUAUGUUACAAUAAAUGCACAACCUGAGAAA